UUCAAAAUCACCACGCAAAAAUCAUUCCGCGACUUUCAGCUCUCGAAUAGAUCUCGGCGUGAUGAGCGGAUUCAAAGGGUUCAAGCUAGGCCUCGCUGCCUCCAAAGUUAACACCCGCGACAAGGAAGACAAGGGCGAAGUUAGCAAGCUCCUGCUUCAAGACGAACCCGAAGACGAAAUUGUCCACGUUCCUCAGGGCAGCAGGCGGAACUUCGCUGCGAAGCCCAAAUCAGCCGUCAGCGGAAUCGGGACACUCGACCCCGUCGCGAGGCAGCGAGCGUCAGACCAGGCAAAGGAGGAGCAGAAGCGCUCACAGCUUCUCAAGGCCUUGUUGAGCCAGCUUCCCCCGGACACAACCAACCGCACCAUAGAAGCGCUCUUCUCCAAAUACCCCUCUCUAAAGAUAAACAAGAUUGAGAACUUCAACCCGGACGUCCCUGACCGUCCACGAAGCCUACGUCCUAGGAAUACGGACCGCACAUGUUCGACUGUCAUAGUCACAUUCGAUAAAACUGCGGAAAAGAGCGAGUUGGAUAAGGCUAUUAAGGGCCUAGAUACGAGGGAGUACAUGGGCGAAGGAUAUUGGCUCACUAUCGACGAAUACGUCCAAGACGGCUUGGUGCGACCUUCGAACACCGGAGAUGCAUUCGACGCCAAGAUAUUCACACAAAUCGACCAUGAGCGACGGAACAAGCAACUGGGAGGAUAUGCCCCUCCAGAAGCCCUGGGAGGACAUGCCGUUCAAGCACCACAGUUUAGGGGAGAACGAUGGCUUGUUAACGUCUCCCGACCAAAAGACAUCCAUCGGCUGAGACUGAUUCACGCAACCGCUGAGAAGGUAGUUCAAGGAGGCGAGGAGCUGGAGGCGGCUCUCAUGCAGGACCCUCGUACUAUCCACGACCCGCGCUUUGCCUUUCUUUGGGACAACAAGCAUCCGGAGCACUUGUAUUACCGUUCACGCAUUCGCCAGCUUCUCGACGAAGGCCCCCCUGAUUCUUUUCCUAUGUUCCGUAACAGCUUUGUUGAGGCAGAGACUGCAAGCUGGGAGCUCCAAGAAGAUCCUCUACCCUUUGAGGCGGCUACUCAAAUCACGGAUCUGAAAGCGGAUUAUGACCAACAAGCGAGUCAGUCUAUGAAUCCGUUUGCUCGAGCACAGCUCGUAUUCUUGUUAUCCUCUCUGCCAACCUCAACCGGCCAAUUUACAAAAGCGGCAGCGGCGUCAGUCACCAAGUUUGCGAAUGAUUACGCAGGCGAGAACCAUCGUGCAGGCGAUGCCAUGGACGAGGUCAUUGACCUGCUAGUUACCAACAUCCUCCGGCCAUUCUCUCUAAUCGAGCGCACAGACCCAACGGAAGCUGAAGUAAGAGAUGCCGCCGUGAUUAGCUUCUGGGUCGCGACCGACGUCAUGCUAGCCCACUAUCCCGUAGAGACCCCAACCCCAUGGUUGUACAAGCGCGAACUCGGCACUCAGAUUGUCAGGCGAGGUGCGCUGAAGCAUUUGGCGAAUAUUCCAAAUACCUUGGCCAUGGGUCGCUUGUCGGCAGAACGAUACAAGUCGCAGAUCAAAGGGGCCCUCGAGCUGUGGAAAGACAGUAUGCUUGAUGAGGAGAUUCGCAAGGAGAUCGAAGCGCUUUUCUUCAAGGACGAUCGUGAGGAAGACAAGGAUCACCAGAAGGAGGAUCUUAAAGAGGGUCGUAAGGAGAAUCGCAAAGAGAACCGCAAGGAGGAUCAUCAGGACGACGGGGUCGAGAAUCGCAAGUAUGAACCUGACGUGGGAGUUGCUAAGCAUUUGCCUGAAGAUGAAACACAUGCUAACAUUACAGCUCCCCCCCAAUGCUCUGGAAAGUCCCUUGGUGGGGCAUCCGUAGGAACGCCAGGCUCUAACAAUACAUCUUCUACGAAUGAUGCCACAGAGACAGCGGCAGCACGUGCUCGUCGAAUGCGGCCCAAAGCGGAGGAUCUUUUUGGUUCAGAUCAUGAAUAGCAAUGGGCUCCUGAAGCUGCGCACGGAACGUCAGGUGUGUGUCGCUGAAAGUUGCGUUUGAUAACAUCUACAUCAUCUUUAUAUGGCAGAGUUUUAUCUAGAUACGGUGACUGAUUUCGAGGAUAUAUUAGGUCUAUAUUUACUAGAUGGUCUUUGUGCGGUAGACGGAGGAAUCUUGACGAAAAGUUUUGUUUUUAUCGAAUAGAGGUCCUGCCAGGGGAGUUCUACCUAGGCACUGCUGGACUGAGGCGCGGUGUUCUGUCCAUGUAUUAUAACGGGCUUCACGAUACCCCCUUCAAGAGCAGAGGCUCAAACCGGGGGAGCUAUAUGGGGGCUCCACCAUAGCGACUACUUUCUUUGGGUGUGUGACGGGCGGGUAUUUACCAGGUGUAGCGAAGAUUUGGA